AUGGCCUAUGACCGCUGCAUUGCCAUCUGCAGACCCCUGCACUAUGGGACCCUCAUGGGCAGCAGAGCCUGUGUCAAAAUGGCAGCAGCUGCCUGGGCCAGUGGUUUUCUCUAUGCUCUCCUGCACACUGGGAACACCUUUUCAAUACCACUCUGCCAAGGCAACACAGUGGACCAGUUCUUCUGUGAGAUUCCCCAGAUCCUCAAGCUCUCCUGCUCAGACUCCCACCUCAGGGAAGUUGGGCUUCUUGUGGUUAGUGCCUGUUUAAUCUUUGGAUGUUUCAUUUUCAUUGUGGUGUCCUACGUGCAGAUCUUCACUGCUGUGCUGAGGAUCCCCUCUGAGCAGGGCCGGCACAAAGGCUUUUCCAUGUGCCUCCCGCACCUGGCUGUGGUCUCCCUGUUUGUCAGCACUGCAAUGUUUGCCUACCUGAAGCCUCCCUCCCUCUCCUCGCCAGCUCUGGAUCUGGUGGUGGCUGUUCUGUACUCGGUGGUGCCUCCAGCAGUGAACCCCCUCAUCUAC